AUGGACAGGCCUCGGAAGCGCGAAUUGCGCGAACUGAAUAUCCGCGCCUGGGAUGGCGAACAAGACGUCUUCGCCGUGCAAGGCUCCCUCGACUCGUCUAUGAAAAAGAACACGGCCUUCAUCAAGCGCCUGCGAACCGCCGUAAACGCCGCCGCCCAAGCGCAGUUCCUCCAGGAAAUCCGCGCACUGUCUCUCCACAAAUACCUUUCCGAGAUUAUCUCAGCCUGCUACGAGGGCCUGUGCAGGCUCAAGACGCCCGGCGAGAUUGCUGCCGGUGUGGAAAUUGUCAGCGCUCUCCAUCAACGCUUCGGCCCGACCGAGUUCACGGGAUACAUUGCCUGGUAUAUUGGGAGGGGCUUAGCGACGCCGGACAAGUCACACCUCAAGACACUGGCCCCCGAAGUGCGCGAGCGCGAGGAGAAGGAGCGCCUGGCACGUCAGCGCGUACUGCUGCGAGUCGCUACCGAACUCUGGCUUGUGGGUGUUCUGCGCAGCCUGGAUGACGUAGCUCGACCUGAAGAGGCGAGCAAGACCAAGGACAAUGGCAAGCUCGUCGAGGGCGCCGCAAAGGCAAAGUCCCGCGCGGAGAGCGCCGACGCCGAGCCCUUUCCUCUCGAGGUGCUGAAGGACAUGCUGGGUCACGACCGCGAACAUGUCAACUUGCCCCUCGUCGUCAUCUUCGUCAAAGCCUUCGCCUGGGAUAUCCUGGGGUCCAAGCCUUCUUCGGCAGAGGGUCGUAAAACAGUCAAUGAGGACGGCACUACAACAGCAGAGAAGAAUGGAGACACUUCCGGCGCCGAAGACGAGGACCACGACCCGCCCAUCAUCUCCCCCGACUUGCAACAGCGGUUCAGGAACAUCCUCACCCGCUACUUCGAAGACGUCAAGACGCACCUCCUCCGCGACCAGAAACACAUCCUCAGUCAGGGUCGGAAGAAUGCCGAAGCAUACGUCAAGUCGGGCGAGGUCUUCGAGGACCGUCAGAACAACUACGAGAAGCAGAUGAAGUCCCAAGAGCGCUUGGUGACGAAUGCACAGGUGCUGGCCGACGCGUUGGGCGUGGAAAUGCCAGACUUGAAAGAGAAGGACAACUCCGCAAACACAGGUGACGGUGCUAUUGGCCUGAUCAAGGCGGGCGAAUAUCUGCGCGGCCAAAGCGACGGCGCUGGCAUCUGGGAAGACGAGGAUGAGCGCCGUUUCUACGAGAACCUGAUCGACCUGAAGGACCGCGUCCCGGGUAUUCUGCUGGAGGAAGUCAAGAAGAAGAAGGCAGAUGGUGAUGACCAGGUGGGGAAGAAAAUCGAGGCCAAGGCCGAACCCAUCGAAAAGGAAACAGCAGAGACUUCCAAUGACGCAAAACCGACUGAUGGAGACGACCAAUCUACUGCCAUCGCGAACAAGUCCGUCGGAGCACAGGUCGACGCUCUUUUGGCGCGCCUGCCGGAACUAGCAACCAAGGACGCCGUCGAUCAGACUGCCAUGGACUUUUGCUUCCUGAACUCCAAGGCCUCGCGCAAUCGUCUGAUCAAGGCUGUGCAGGAGAUUCCCAAGGGCCGAUCCGAUCUGCUCCCCCUGUACUCUAGACUCAUCGCAACCCUCGGGAAGUACAUGCCGGAUGUGGCCCAGGGACUGGUAUCCUACCUCGAUGAAGAGUUCAGAAGCUUGCAGCGUCGAAAGUCCAAAGACUUCCUCGGACAGGUGCGAACGCAGAAUGUACGCUACCUUGCAGAGUUGACCAAGUUCGGUGUCGUCCCUGAGCACGUCAUCUUUCACUGUCUCAAAGUCAGCCUAGACGACUUCUCACGGAUGAACAUUGAGAUCAUCUGCAACCUCUUGGAAAACUGCGGACGAUAUCUGCUUCGUAAUCCCGAGACGUCUCCUCGUAUGCAUUCCUUCCUCGAAACUCUCCAGCGAAAGAAGGGCGCUCAGGUCAUCGGCCAACAAGAGCGCAUGUUGAUCGAGAACGCUGUCUACUAUGUGAACCCACCAGAACGCGCUGCAAUCGAACAGAAAGAGCGGACGCCAAUGGAGCUCUUCCUACGCAAGAUCAUGUACCAGGAUUUGACUCGUCGCACGCUGGACAAAACCAUCAAGCAGGUACGCAAGAUGCACUGGGAAGAAGAGGAAGUAGUCAAUCUUCUCCACAAGGUCUUUGCAAAGCCGGGGAAGAUCAAGUACAGCAACAUCCACUUGCUAGCCGUCAUGCUCGGAACAAUCCACCGAUUUCACCAAGACUUCGCCAUCUCCGUCAUUGACGACCUUCUCGAGUCCAUCACCUUCGGGCUAGAGUUGAACGACUUCAAGUUCAACCAACGCCGGAUCUCUGAAGUCAAGUAUCUCGGCGAACUCUACAUCUAUCGGUUGGUUGACUCGCCUCUCGUUUUCGAUACUCUGUACAAGCUCUUGAAUUACGGAUGGGAAGGUGGCUAUGCACGACCUGGAGGAUACAAUCCCCUAGAUCAGCCGGAUGACUACUUCCGCAUUCGUCUGGUCUGCAACCUACUCGAAACCUGUGGUAUGUACUACGACAAAGGUGCAGCGAAGAAGAAGCUUGACUUCUUCCUCACGUAUCUGCAGUACUAUGUCUGCAUCAAGGAGGCACUGCCGAUGGACGUGGAGUACAUCGUGCAAGACGCAUUCAAUCUCGUCAGACCGCAGUGGAAGAUCAUCACCAACCCAGAGGAAGCUUCACGUGCCUUUGCAGAAGCCGUCAAACAGAACUACCAAACAUCGUCAGCCGACAAGCCUGUUGAGCCCGACGAAGACGACCUCUCUGCAUCAGACGACGAGAUGGAUGGCCCCGAAGACGAGGACGUCGUCCUACCUGAUGGAGAAGGAGACAAGUCAUCUGGCGAAGAAGACGAUGACUCCGAGGAUGAUGAGCCUGUGAAGCAGACAUCGUCGGAUGAAGAGGAAGAACAGAUUGUGGUAACACGGCAAGAAGACGAACGCGAUCCAGAAGCCGAUGCCGAGUUCGAUCGCGAGCUUGCUAAACUCAUGUCAGAGAGUGCAGAAUCGCGUAAGCAUGACCGAAAGCCUGUGUUCGACGUACCGCUACCCAUGCGCCGUGCUCGAGAGGCUCCGGUCAAUGCUGAAGACGUCGGAAACGAAGUGCCCAUUCCGGAGGCUCCAGUUCCUUCGCAGACGAUGAAAUUCUCCCUGCUCAGCAAGCGUGGCAACAGAACGCAGACCCGAUCUAUUGACCUACCCUCAGAUUCGACCUUUGCUGUCGCCAUGCGUAACAAACAGCAAGCAGACACGGAAGAACGACAGCGAAUCAAGAGCCUCGUCCUGAACUACAACGAAGCUCGCGACGAUGCUGACGACACGACUGGUGAUGCGCCUUUUCAUUACACCCUUCAACCUAAUACCAACAGAACACGUAUUGACUCCCCUCAAGGUCUGGACAAGACUCCGAACCCGUAUGCGCAGCCGCGCCUCGACAAAGCUGGUGCAAAUCGCAGCAACCAGCGUGCAAGGAAGCUACAGCUGUCAGAUGUCAAUUGCUCAGGUCAAGCUCAAUCACCACUCCAGCCUCUGGACCACUCGCAGAACUACCAGUUUGAUCCCCUGCUGCAUCUCCCUGGUAUCUCGCCAUACUUUGACGCAGUCGGCUUUGGUCUCGAGCACAAACCCCCCGUCGGCUGCAAUGUCACAGCCGCAUCGUACAUCAUCCGCCACGGCGCCAUCUACUCCAACGACGACGAAUACGAAGAAUACAUCAAGCCCUUCCUGUGGAAGCUCGAGACACACCGCAAUGGAUGGACCGGCCCGCUCUCCUUCAUGGAAAAGUGGCAAUCCCCAAUCUUGGAAGAUAGAUUGGAGGAACUGACACCCUCCGGCGCCGUCGACGCAGAAGCAGUAGGCAAGCACCUCCUACAACGCUACCACCACCUCGUCCCCGACACAACGCGCAUCCUCGCGGACAAAAAGAGCAGAACCUACGACACGGCCGCCAACUUUGUCAAAGCCUUCCCCCAAGCCUCCGACAUCGACAUCGUCCGCAUAACCGAAAACACAAACGGCAGCAUGGAAUCCCUCAUCCCCCACAAAUCCUGCAAGAACUUCUCCAAGAAACCCGGGUCUAAGCAACAAAAAAAAGUCAUCGACCUCUACGGCGCAUCCGUCGCCCACCGCCUCUCCCCUUACACGCCCUUCAAACUGACUCCUAGCGACGUCGUCGGCUUCCAGAUGCUGUGCGGCUACGAAUCCGCCAUCAAGGGCGAGCGCAGCCCCAUCUGCGCGCUGUUCACAGACUCGGAGUGGAUGGCGUAUGAGUACGCGUGGGAUCUCAAGUACGCGUACAUGGUUGGGCCGCUGAACCCGCUGAGUCCCUACCUCGGUUUUCCGUGGCUGCAAGCACAAUCGGAACUCUUUGCGCAUAUCGAGAAGCAUGAUACGCCUGGUGACGGCUGGCCGGAUAAACAGCGUUUCUUCCUUGGUUUCACGCAUAGGGAAGUCCCGCCUUUUAUCGCUACGGCACUCGGUCUUUUCAACUCCUCUUCCGACGCUGCGGAACAGUUCCCUACUGAUCAUAUCAACUGGACGCGCGCGUGGAAGAUGAGCGAUCUCAUUCCUUUCCUGGGGCAUGUUGGUAUGGAGAAGAUGGUUUGUGAGAGGGGUGGUGUGCAUGGCGAUGAGCCGGGCACGUAUGUUAGGUUCAUUGCGAAUUCGGCGCCGAGACCCAUUCCGGAUUGCCAGGAUGGGCCGGGUGCGAGCUGCGAGUUUAAGUCGUUCAAGAAACUUAUUGGGAAGGGGGCCAAGGCGCAUAAGGACUUUCAUAAGGUUUGUGAUGUGAAGGAUUGUAAGGAUGCUAGUUGUAUGGAGGGAGAGGAGUAG